AUGAGCGUGCGGCUGAGCGAAGGGGCCAUCGCGGCCAUAAUGCAGGGGGAGAACGUUAGCAAGCCCGUGCUGCAAGUUAUCAAUACACGGGCUAUUGCUACAGGAAAUGGGCCACCACGUUACCGAGUGUUGAUGAGUGAUGGGGUUAACACGUUGUCGUCAUUCAUGUUGGCAACUCAACUGAACUCUCUGGUGGAAGAGGAGCGCUUGUCAGCUCAGUGUAUUUGCCAGGUUAACAGAUUCAUUGUCAACAGCCUGAAAGAUGGCAGGAGAGUGGUCAUCCUGAUGGAUUUAGAGGUUCUGAAAACUGCUGCUCAGGUUGGUGGAAAUAUUGGCAAUCCAGUGCCAUAUAACGAAGGUGAGUGACAAGGGCAGCAGCGUUCUUCAGCUCCAGCAGCAAAUCCAGCACCCAGCAAACCACAGCAACAAAAUGGCAGUGCUGGGACAGGUCCUGCUGCUCCGAAGUACCACGGACCCUCAAACCAGUUUGGUAAACCCAGUGCUCCCAGCUCAGUGAAGACACCAGGGGGAUCUCAGGCCAAAGUAGUGCCCAUUGCCAGCUUGAACCCGUACCAAUCUAAGUGGACCAUUUGUGCUCGCGUUACCCAAAAAGGCCAAAUCCGCACAUGGAGCAACUCCCGGGGUGAAGGGAAACUCUUCUCCAUAGAGCUGGUUGAUGAAAGUGGUGAGAUUAGAGCUACUGCAUUCAAUGAUCAAGCAGACAAGUUCUUUCCACUCAUAGAACUGAACAAGGUGUAUUAUUUUACCAAAGGCUUUUUGAAGACUGCUAACAAGCAAUAUACAGCUGUUAAGAAUGACUAUGAGAUUACAUUCACUAAUGACACUUCAGUUGUGCCCUGUGAUGAUGCCCAGCAUCUUCCAUCUGUUCAAUUUGAAUUCGUAUCCAUCUCUGCCUUGGAGGAAACACCCAAAGACUCAAUUGUUGAUGUAAUUGGAAUUUGUAAGAGCUAUGAAGAUGUCACUAAAAUCACAGUGAAAGCUAACAAUAGAGAGGUAUCGAAGAGGAACAUUCAUCUGAUGGAUGCAUCAGGGAAACUGGUGACAGCUACGCUAUGGGGAAAUGAGGCUGAGCGGUUUGAUGGUUCCAGACAACCUGUGGUAGCCAUCAAAGGAGCCAGAGUAUCUGAUUUUGGUGGUAGAAGCCUGUCUGUCCUGUCCUCCAGUACAGUUAUCAUCAACCCUGAUAGUCCAGAGGCUUUUAAGCUCCGAGGAUGGUUUGACUCUGAGGGACAGCUUCUGGAGUGUGCCUCCAUCUCUGAUGCGAGGGGUGGGCUAUCAGCUGGAGCAAAUACCAACUGGAAAACUUUGUAUGAUGCCAAAGCUGAGAACUUGGGAUAUGGAGAUAAGGCAGAUUAUUUUAGCUGUGUGGGCACCAUCGUACAUCUGCGCAAAGAGAACUGCAUGUACCAGGCCUGUCCCUCUCAGGAUUGCAACAAGAAAGUGAUAGACCAACAGAAUGGCCUCUACCGCUGCGAGAAGUGCGACCGCGAGUUCCCCAACUUCAAGUACCGCCUGAUGCUCCUGGUGACUAUUGCAGACUGUCUAGACUAUCAGUGGGUGACUUGUUUCCAAGACUCAGCAGAAUUCAUUCUUGGGCAGAAUGCAGCUUUCCUGGGAGAACUGAAGGAAAAGAACGAGCAAGCGUUUGAAGAAGUGUUCCAAAAUGCAAACUUUAACACCUAUGAGUUCAGGAUCAGAGUAAAACUGGAGACUUACAAUGAUGAAUCUCGUAUUAAGGCUACAGCAAUGGACAUCAAACCUGUGAACUACAGAGAAUACUGCAAGAGGCUGAUUGCAAGCAUCAGGAGAAAUGCUUUGCCGAAGUGAGGAGGCUGCAGCUGACUGAGUGGAGGUAGAACUUCUAGGGAAAACUCCAUAGGUGACGUUACAGUGACUUUGACCCCACCU